GGGGACUGUUUGAGGCUCUCUUGUAAUUAUUCAAUAUAGAAUUACGAAUAUAUUUCUAUGAACGAUGGUUAAGUUAACUCCAGAUUUAAUUCAACAAGCUCUUCAGUACAUAAAUCCAGUAAGAGAUAGGGAGUUAGACCUUCGAGGUUACAAAAUUCCUGUAAUUGAGAAUUUAGGAGCUACAUUAGAUCAGUUUGACACCAUAGAUUUUUCAGACAAUGAUAUUAGAAAGUUGGAUGGUUUUCCACUUUUAAAAAGAUUAAAAUGUGUUCUCCUCAAUAACAAUAGGAUUGUGAGAAUAGCAGAACAUUUGGAAAAUAGUUUGCCAAAUUUGGAGAGUCUUGUAUUAACAGGAAAUAUGAUACAAGAGCUCGGAGACAUUGAUCCAUUGUCAACACUUCCGAAACUGUCAUCAUUGAGCCUUAUGUCUUGUCCUGUUGUUACAAAGCCUCAUUACAGGUUAUAUGUUGCUUUCAAACUUCCUAACCUCAAGCUGCUCGAUUUCCGAAAAAUAAAAUUAAAGGAAAGAGAAUCUGCUUUAAGUUUGUUUAAAAGUAAAGCUGGCAGAGAACUUCAGAGAGAAAUUGCAAAGAAAUCUAAAACAUUUGUACCAGGUGCUGCUCUACCUGAUUCAAAGAAAUCAUCUGGUCCUUCAAAGACAGAUAUACAAAAGAUCAGAAAAGCAAUUGCUAAUGCUACAACAUUAGAAGAAGUGGAACGUCUUAACAAACUGUUACAAAGUGGCCAAUUUUCCCUGAAAGAUGUAGAAAAGGCAGAAAAGAAAUCGAGUAAAAAUUCUGUUUCUGCUGAAGAGGAAGAGGAGGAGGAGGAAGAAGAUGAAGAAGAAGCUCAAAAAACAAACCAUCAAGAAGAAGAACAACAAAUGGAUACUGAUUGAUUUUAUUUAUUUAUUUUUAUUUUUAUUAUGUAGAAUAAUGUACAUAUUAAUAUAAAUUUAUUUUUAAGUUUUUCGUACCAUUGUACCAUUAAGCAGUUAAGAAGUGAUACUACAUAAUUUUUCCAUUAUUCAUUAAGUUCAUUUUUUCUUUAUAUAAAUAAAAAAUAAAUAUUUGUAAGGCUGAGAUGUGAUAUUUCUUUUUAUUUAU